AUGGCCGAUGCAGCUAUGGCAGCCUAUGAUAGGACUAUGGCCCUCCCAGCCGUUCUAACCCCGGCCCUGGAUACACGCGAAGCCAUUGCCGAUUCCCUCCACCGAUUUAUGCUCGGCAUGGACACCAACGAUGCCGAGCUUUUCGAUUCAGCCUUCACCGAGGACGUGAAAUGGGACCUGUUCGGUCGACAGAUGAACAGUCUGGAGGAAGUUCACAUCGAGUGCUUCGAUAAAACCAUCAUCAAACUCGACACCACUCACUACGUUACAAGUGUCCGUAUCAACGUUGCUGAGAGUGGAACAGAGGCAAGCCUUUCGUGCUUGUAUAAUGCGAAGCACUACCGUCUUGGUACGGGAGUUGACCCGAAAGCCCCUUGGUUUUGGACUGGCGGUACCUAUUACCUUGAAAUGGUCAAGGUCGAGUCUGAGGGAUUGUGGAAGAUCAAGUUCUACAAGAUGAGGAAGAUGUGGAUUGAGGGCGAUUUUGAGGUGAUGGGCCAUGGUCCUAAGAAGGACUAG